CCGACAUUCGCCUUUUCAAGUCCGUCUUCUUUUGAACGACUUCUACCGCAUUACUAUGACUUCUACAGUGGGGACUGAUCGUCCGAGCUCCGUGGCAUGCGUAACAUGCCGCUCCAAACACCUCAAAUGUGAUGGUCAAAUGCCCACCUGCAGGCGCUGCGCAGAAUCCGGGCUGCCCUGUACCUUUGUGAAGUCUCGGAGGGGCUAUCAAGGUCGCAAAAGAAAGCUGACCUUUGCCAAUUCUGCGAACGACUAUUCGCCCGCCUUCAGCAUUUCAGAAGCGGACGGUGCGCGCAACCUGGAUCCGUCUUUCCGGCCUGCUCAGUCGCUGCCCUUGAAAAAUGCAGACACCCUGACAGAAACCGCGUCGCUCGCCCAGGGCCAGACGUCCGACUUUGACUAUGAGCGGCUCAUAGAAGUCUACUAUCGAAACAUCCACAUGGCUCACCCAAUCGUCCUGCCCGAGAAAGUCUAUCUCCAAGACCAGAGCGUGCUGCCCGACCACCUGAAGUACGUAAUGGCUUUCAUGGCUAGCCAUCUGACUCCAGACGAAUUCAGCAAUCUUCAAGAGAAAGCGGAGCUCGUUUUUGAACCAAGCGUUCCCGAUGAUGGUUUCAAGGUCCAGGCUCUUCUGUUGCUUACGCUUACCUCUUACGCCCGCUUCGAGAGAGAUCGCGGCAAUAAGGCGCUGACGCAGGCUAUCGCGCUGGCCUCGCGCCUCGGCAUGGAUCAUAACGAUUUUGGCCACGGCCACAGCCUGAUCUACCAAGAGAGCUGGCGGAGAACGUACUGGGAGCUCUACACCAUCACCGGCUUGAUCUCCCUUAUAGCUGGUAUCGACUUUCGGAUAAAACGGCCCGACGAUCUCCUGCUUCCAGGACAUUGUGAGGAUUACAAAGAAUGCCACAUCUCCGAGCUGCGAGAUCUGCGAGCAAUGCACGACCGCCUGGCGAUGGAAGACAGUUUCAAAUGGUCCUCGUUCGCCUACAAGAUUGAAGCAAUGCGAAUCUUGAGCAGCAUAUUCGAGUGCCAAGGCCCGGACGGGUCGUUGAAGGAUGCGCAAGUCCAGGCUCUCAGCGCCUCAAUCUCAAGUUACCUCUUGUCGCUCCCCGAGGAAAAGCGAUCGCCCGUCACGGACGACGGCGAAGUCGACGAAGUCAUGUCCUGUGCCUUGAUGAUUAUCAAUCUUGCUGGGGUUUGUCUCCAUUUUCCGCGAUCGAGCCUGGCUGGCAAAGGAAGCUUCCGGACCGUUUGCGGCACCAAUACACAGGACAAGGUCGAAUCGCAGGACCAACGCUACCAUCGCGCAGCCGCAAUCAAGUACGCCAACAGUGUCUCGAUGCUCGUCUCGUCGCGUAACUCGCUGAGGACUUUGACCCCAUGUUUUUCCUGUUCGAUAGCGUUCGCCGCCGCCGUUCAUCUCUCUGCAAUUUUGCCUCAGGAUGGCACUGAAGCUCAGCACAAGGAGCAUAUCCAGCUUGAGUUGAGCGCCUUGAAUGUUGUGGCCUCCAUCUGGCCAAUAGGAGGCGUUGUGAAAGCACAGCUUGCGCAAUAUUCACGCGAGGUGCUCUCGCGGCGCCCGAGUCAAGCACUCGGCGUAGACUCGAAUUUUUUGGAACCAAUAUCCUUCGCAAACGAUCCGUGGCUUGAAGAGCUUACCAGUCAGUACACGGAUGCCUCUUCUGAGGGAUUUCUGUUCAAUCUCAUAGGACCAUCACACGGCCAGUUAAACGCAACCCCCUAAAGAUGUCCAACAGAAUUAACAGGAAACUCAAUAGACCUCUGAGACUUUGCAAAAGGCCCAAGCUGAUUGGCUUUUCGUAUCAGCAUUCUCGGUACAAUUAUGGCGACGCUGAUGCAAAGUUGUGUGACUAAGAUGGAAACGUACACCGCUUGACUCCGUCCAUGAUCAUGUCAUAAUUGCAUACGACGAACAUUUGACGAUCCAAAAUAAAUAAAUAAAUAAAUAAAAGAAAAGGAAAAAUAAAGGGAUCAAAUUCGGUGUCUUCUACGCACAAACUCUGAUAGAUCCAAAUGCUCGAACACUCCAGUACACUUGGAUUUUGAUUACCUUAAUCGAUCGUGCGAUUCGAUACGACGUUAUGAAGUUUUUUCGGGCUGGAAGUUUAUUAUGGGUCACGAUAUGAAACAGUCCAUAUCUUAGGACAUUAACCCCGUCCAUGCAUGCUUAUCUAUACAUACCAACAUUGGGACUAGCAUUUGAUAGGCACUCAAAGUAUUUGUCUCGGUAGCUCCCAAUAGCUCUAUCUGUAAAUUUCAGCCCAGUUUGACCUCGCGGCUUAGGUCAAAGGCAAUCCACUAUAAAAUUUCACAUGGUAAGGUCAUAACAUGCCUAGAGCUAGUCACUGUAUUCUCGCUACUUCUUUUUUUCCGUCCGGGUCUUCCGGCCUUUUUGAACCUCUCCAAGCCAGCACAUGCGCUGUUGCAUUACAUCACAGACGAGAAGUGACACAUUCUCUGCGGAAAUUGGGUGAAAUACUGCUCUAAUGACAGAAGUCAAGA